AUGGCAUCCUCAUCGACCAUUGUCUCAGCCGAUAAAGUCAGUCUCGAGGAGUUCAAUCAACUGCUUCUUCGAUAUCCGUCUGUUAUUCAAAGAAUCUCUGACGAGAAAGGCGUCAAGAAUGGCCAGAAGUCACUCAAGGACCUCGAUGAAUAUCGUUACAGCGAAGCACUGGAUAACUUUGAUGCCGGCAAAAGAACCCGCCCAAUGACAAUUGACGACAUCAAGACCCUUGUUGAGUGGAAGUUACGUCACGGAAAGUUCAGGCCAACACUUAUGAAACUUGUCUCAUCUAAUGGCCCAGAUGAUGCCCAAGAUGUCAUCAAGCAAGCUCUUAAAAUCUAUGAUGAAAAGACAGACACUGUGGCGACUCUAGAUGUAUUAACCAAGCUUCGAGGCAUUGGCCCCGCAACAGCAUCUUUACUCUUAGCUGUUCAUGAUGCAAGUCGGGUCAUCUUCUUUGCUGACGAGGCUUUCUGGUGGCUAUGCUGCAGUGGGAAGCACAACCCUAUCAAGUAUAAUGCUAAGGAGUAUCGCAUGCUAUGCUCCGAAGUUGACGACUUGCGAAAUAGGCUUGGCGUGAAAGCAAGUGACAUAGAAAAGGUUGCAUAUGUCUUGAUAAAGCAACCGGAUCCAACAGAGCAAUCGCAUGAUGCUGCACCUGUCAAGAAGGAGAAAGAGAGCACAUCGACAACAGCACCAGCCAAGAAGAGGAAGGUCGAUGAAAAGGAGACCAAGAAAGCGGACAAUGCCGUCAAAGAGCAGCCUUCACUUCGUCGAUCGAAACGUGUCAAGUCCUAG